AGGCCGGGAGGGUGUAGGAGUACAGUAAGACAGUACAAGAGAGUACAAUAAGGCCGGGGCGGUGUACGAGGGCUGCUCCUCCCUCCCCACAACAACAGCCGUCACUGCCACUUGUCGUCGCCUCUCAACCAACACCAACAACACCGCUAAAUGAACUCUUCCCUCACAUGUAUCCUCCGCCAGUCACUACCCAGCUCGUCUGUAUAUGAAUAGAACUACUACACUUGGGUACUGCAGCAUACCAGUGCCCUGAGCUCAUGUAAAUGGCAGAAACAUGGCAGUUACAGGGUCAGUGAUGACCUAAAGCUGUGUCAGAUACUCCACGCUCCAACAUGUCAGCUACUACACGAUUUCCUUCACAGACUGACUGCCACUGGAACACUCUCAGCAGGCAAAUACUACAUGUACUCAGCAGUUGACUAUUGCACGAACUCCACUCAGCAGCUGACUACUACACACACUCCCUUAACAUUCAUCUGCUACUUGCACUCCAUCAGCAACUGGUGGAUGUGAAGUUGUAUAUGAGAACUCGCUUAUCAAGCUGGGUACCGUGCCGCCAUCGAUGCAACUAAAAAACAUCAGUACUCAGAAGACACAUUCAUGAUGAGAUCAUUAAUUGCACUCACGGUUUUAAGAGUUAAGAUUUAACAUAAGUAUAUGCAAAUAAUUUUGUCAACAUAUUAUUCAUGAAUAUAUAUAAUCACUCAGUGUUAAAAAUAAUUUGAAUUUGCUUACCCCUGUGCAUUGCCAUAAGUUUGUAUUCAUGAUACACACACACAACAACUUCGGUGCCUGGUGUAAAAUUUCAACACGAUCUAAUAAUUCCACUUAAAAAUAUGAGAGUUGACAAAGAAAAGUGCGAGAAGACUGCCACAUCAUUGUGGGUUGUUAACAGGUACUGUUAUUAAAGCAUCAAGUAGGAUACAUAGAUCACUGGGAAGGAACCCACAUCACAGUCCAUAGUUUAUAUAACAAUUCAUUUUGUAUGACAGCUUCAAGUACAGUAGCAUUGAAAAGGAACUUUUUCAUGUUAUUUAUCUUUUAUAUAAUAUUGCUAUAUCCUAAAGAUCUUUGUAUGAAAAAUAUCAAAUUGUGGAACUUAUAACAUGUGAGAGUUGAUCUGGAUAAAAUAUUAGUUUUGAGAGUGCCCUCCACAAACACCGUGUUUUCUAGUGUAUUGUAGAACAUGAUGCAGGAAGAAAAUUUCAAAUACACAAGAAAAGUCAUUUAAAAUUAACAUUUUAAAUGUUGAUAUAUUUUAAAACUUGAAUGUUGAUCAUUUAGAACAAAGAGAAGAGACCAUAAACUUUCACAAAGUAUAACUCCUUCCUGGUGAUGGGUCUGGAAUCACUCCCUUUUGAAACUAGUCUCAAGUUAGUAGCUGUGUCAGCGUUAAGCAAGGCAAAUAAAAGUUCUUACACUAAAGCUUUAACAGUUCAGUAUCAACAAGACCUAAACCCUGCACUUAAUAUAUUGAGAAUUCAACAGGAAAUGAACCUUAUUUGUGUUUAGUGUUUGAAAGGCUUUCAACAAAAAUUUAGUUUAUUGAAAGAAACCACAUCUCUCUUUAUAGUUUUAAAAAAUAUAAAACAAAUUUAGUUCAUCGGCACACACACAAAAUAACUUAUAUGAGGGAGAAGGCAUAUUAGUGUUCACUGCACAGAAUACUUUCUGUAAAUACCUGGUUCAGUAGAACAUGAGUAUUCACGCUAAAGAAAAUGCAUAUCAGUGUUCAGAGUGUUUUAAAAACUUCAAACAAAAACAUGCCUUGGUGGCACAUAAGAAAAUUCAUGUAGGAGAGAAACCAUAUCAGUGUUCAGACUGUUUAAAAGAAUUUUCUCAUAAACAUAGUUUGGUGUUACACAAAAGAAUUCACAGGAAAAAGGCAUCGUACAAGUGUUCAAUAUGUUUCAAAUGCUUUUCACAAAAACAUAAGUUAAUGAUACAUAUGAAAACUCACACAGGAGAAAAACCUUAUCAGUGUUCAAAGUGCUCAAAAAGUUUCUCUGAUAAAGCUAAUCUUGCAUCACACAUGAAAAAUCACUCUGUUGAUAAACCAUAUCAGUGUUCUGUGUGCUUAAAAGACUUCAAACAAAAAUGUGAUUUGGUGAAACACAAGAGAACUCACACAGGAGAAAAACCAUAUCAGUGUUUAGAGUGUUUAAAAUAUUUCAAACAGAAACAUGGUUUGGUGGCACACAACAGAACUCACACAGGAGAGAAACCAUAUCAGUGUUCAGAGUGUUCACAAGAUUUCUCUUAUAAACCUGCUUUAGUAUCACACAUGAGAACUCACACAGGAAAAACUCCAUAUCAGUGUUCAGUAUGUUUAAAAUAUUUUUCACAAAAGCAUAUAUUGGUGACACACACAAGAACCCACACAGGAGAAAAACCUUAUCAGUGUCCAGAGUGUUCAAAAGACUUUUCUGAUAAAGCUAAUCUUGCAUCACAUAUGAGAAAUCACACAGGGAAGAAACCUUACAAGUGUUCAUUGUGUUCAAAAGACUUUUCAUAUAAAUCUGGACUUGUUUCACACAUGAAAAUUCACACAGGAACAACACCAUAUCAGUGUUCAGAAUGUUUUAAAUAUUUUUCACAAAACCAUGCUUUGGUGAGACACAAGAGAACUCACACGGGAGAGAAACCAUAUCAGUGUUCAGAGUGUUUAAAAAAAUUUUCUCACAAGCAUGGUUUGGUGUCACACAAGAGAACUCACACAAGAGAGUCACUAUAUCAGUGUUCAGAGUGUUUAAAAGAGUUUUCCCAAAAGCAGAGUUUGGAGUCACACACAAGAACUCACAGAGGAGAUGAAUCAUAUCAGUGUUCAGAGUGUUUACUACUUUUUUCACACAAACAAGCUUUAGUGAGACACAAGAGAUCUCACACAAAAGAGAAACCAUUGCGUACUACUCCACUUGCACCAACACACUCACACUCAACACACACAUAUAUCACUCGCCCUUGCGUGUCACCAAGUUACCUAAACCAUUCACAAGCACCACCUACCCAGCUACACAAACCCCAGCCCACUUACCACCAUACACCUGUUCUGACAACCUACUCACACAUAUCUAUCCAGUCCACUCCUCAAUACACAUCUGGUCAGCCCACCCAUGAAAAUAUGCUUGCCGAACCCACCCACCAAUACACAUCUGGCCAGCCUACCCACCAACACUCGACUGGCCAGCCUACCCACCAACACUCAACUGGCCAGCCUACCCACCAACACUCAACUGGCCAGCCUACCCACCAACACUCAACUGGCCAGCCUACCCACCAACACUCAACUGGCCAGCCUACCCACCAACACUCAACUGGCCAGCCUACCCACCAACACUCAACUGGCCAGCCUACCCACCAACACUCAACUGGCCAGCCUACCCACCAACACUCAACUGGACCCCCCACCCACCAACACUCAUCUGAUGAACAACACACACCAACCUACCAUGCAGCACAAAGCCUUACACACCACCCACCCACACAACCUAAGCCACCCUUCCCACCCAUCCACACCACCUCCCACCCACAUAACCUUACUGUACCACAUAGCUCCCACCUGCAUUGGUGAAAUAAACAAAAAUCAUAUAGAAGAAAACCAUACAAGUAUUUAAUAGUUUAUCCUCUUUGCAUUCUUCAGAUGUGAUUAAUCACUUGUGGGCCCUUCAUAAAUCAUAUUAUGAACACAUUUCUACUGAUUCUGUAUCUGUCUUAUUGUAUAUCAUCCUUAAAAUGAGGAUAUAUGCAGAUGUAACAGCCAUGCCAGUCACUUGGAGCAAUGGCAAUGAAAUUUGGAAACUGUAACUUUUCUGGGUUUCUAAGGAAGUGUAAUGACCUUAUAAAUUUGCCUAAUGGAAAAGGUUCAGCAAAGGUGAUUAAUUUGUGUAAAAUGUUUAUGUAUGUUUCUGUGAGGAUGUGCUCUCUUAAAUGUUGAAUGAAACUAUUGUUAACCCUUAAGCUGCUAAGGGCCUUUUGACCUUCAACACCCACAGGCGCAACAACAAAAUUUUUUUUUCUUAUUACUGUAUAUUUGUGUUCCCUGAGCAUGGGAAAAUAAACAAAAAAUUAAUUGUACUUACCAAUGACGUAAAUGAGCCGAGAAGUUGGACGAUGACGUCACGGAUCAUCGUCACUGGAGGGUGGUGUGUCCCGGCAGAUUCAGGCGCGGCAGAAGAGCCCGGGUUGCCGUGAAUUUAUUUUUGCGGCAUUAUUUACAGUAUCUGUGGCUUAUUUUACAACCAUUUUUUUCACUGGUGUGGUACAAAAUGUUAUCACUUGAUGUUUUAUUAUAAUACAACUGUUGUAAAUUUAUUAUUUUGUCACAUAUAAGUGUCACAAGUAUUUGCACAAAAAUGUUUUAUUUUUCAGUAAAUAUACAAUUUAU